UGUGGUAUCAUAACGUCAUGCGAACAGUGGUUAAAACUCCCCCUUUUAUCAAGAGACUGCCAUACUGUUUAUGACAGUGGAGCAGAAGUUGCUCGUCUAGAGGCGUUGCACAGCACUUCGCGAUGAGCCGAUGGGUGAUUCUAGUCUUUGCCUGGGUCGCUCUGCUAGGAGGGAUCGUUACUGGAGCUGGUUUGAGGAAAUCAGAUAAAUUGAAAGAAUGCGGUAAACGGCUCAUCUCAAAGCCGUAUUCUUAUGCAAGUGGUGGAGGAACCCGCAAGCGGAUAGUGGGUGGGGUUGAGGCUGCCCCAGGGGCGUGGCCAUGGCAAGUGGCACUGCUUAUGAAUGGGACACAGUUCUGUGGGGGGUCUUUAGUCAAUGAAAACUGGGUUGUGACAGCUCGACACUGCUUCCACGAAUUGUGGUCUUCGAUGGACACGGCGUCAUGGACGGCUAGUCUCGGCGAGCACCAUCUGGUGACUAGUGAAGGAUUCGAACAGUUCAUCGCGGUCGAACGCAUUAUCCUUCACCCAAAGAACGACUUGGAUAAGUUACUGAUACUGGAUCCUGGAAUCGCACCUCCCGACUAUGAUUUAGCCCUCUUGCGUCUAGCCAAGCCAGCCAAGUUGGACGAGUACGUGUCGCCCAUCUGUCUCCUCCCUGACGGCUUCGAGUUCCCGUGGGCCAAGGAAUGCUACAUAACAGGGUGGGGCAAGACAGAGUUCGAGGGAACGAAACCUCAAGUUAUACGCGAAGCUACGGUCAAGCUUGUCCCCCCGGAAAUCUGCAACCAAGUGGAGUCGUACAAUGGGAGCAUCCACGUACGCGCGCUGUGUGCCGGGUUUGAUCAGGGGGGUGUCGAUGCGUGCCAGUUCGACAGUGGGGGUCCCCUCAGCUGCAGUAUCGGGAGCAGGUUUUACCUGACAGGGGUGGUGUCGUGGGGUCACGAGUGCGCGCGGCCUAAGAAGUAUGGCGUGUAUGCAAACAUGAUGCGGAUGACGAGCUGGGUACGAGACACUAUCGCAUGGUAUGAUGGACUGUAGGUAACAAAACGCCACCAAUGGCUGGGGAGAAACCUGCUUCUAUUUGAGUUUACUUGGAUUUUUUUUUCGCACGCGAAGACCGAGGAUUUCUGAGGCCGAGUGCAUUGCAGCGGAUCUCUGUGUCGGUCCUAGUUCGAGUGAGGAGGAUCUGGGACCGACACAGAGAAAGGCUGCAAAGGAGGCUAAAGCCCUAUCCAAGGCAUUCCACCACAGCGAUCCCGAAUGUACGAAAACAAAAAAUAUAUAAUCCGCUAAUGAGAGCCGACUAGCAUGUAAGGGAGGGGAGGGGAGCAUCAGAGCGCUGAAAAACGCAAAAGCUAGUCUCCAACCUCUCGUGACUUAUCAGAGUUUUUCUUUUAAAUUAACGAAGUUUCACAGCCAUUUAGUGAGAUUUUCUAUAAGCUGCUUUAAGGUUUUUUUUUUACCUAUUUUCCAUAUAGAACACUCACAUUGCUUUUUCAGCGCUGCCCGUGAAGUUGCGAAUAAAAUGUUAAAGGAAAGUAAGGAGAUAUCUAAGGAUGGGGAAUUUAUUUUCAGGUAUUUUGUGCUUUGUACUUGAAAAAGGGUUAAAACGCUCCCCACUUCGUGACUUCUGUUUCGAAGUUAGGAAAAUAUCUCAUAGCAUGGAAUUGCAUGGAUUUAUAGCAUGGGAUUGCAUGCUUUAAAUAACAAUAAAAAUACCGAUGUCAAUGUUACAAUAGCACAAUAUGAAUAAGACACUGUAAACCCCACUAAAAAGUCUAGGCUGUCAGAUAAAUGGCUAUAAAGAGGAAGAAAAGAAAGCAGUGAAUAAAAUGUUUGAAAAACUUG